CUCUCUGCGCUGAGUCGGAGCGUCUGGAUAGAAGAUGCUGACCAUGUGGCGCUCUCCGGAAUGCCUGCAUGCACAACCGUACCUGUCGCGAGCCGUCCAAUUGUCCUUUCUUACGCCCACUGGCUCCGACUCGAAAUUUGCGCAUAUCACGGCGGACAGCACAAUACGUCUUCCAACGAAACGCGACGUGCUGCAAGAAGUGGCCGUGCAAACACCACGUGUUUUGCACGACCGAUCUAAAUUUGAGGAAUAAACCGAGGAUGAAACGACUUACCUGAGAGCAGCUGGGGAUUCGAAGGCAGAGGAGGAGGGUACGUACGGCUGUUUGUUUUAAAGCACGAGCGUGUGCCGGCCUCGGUGGCGUGGCCCGUCAGCUGCGCUAACGCGGGCGGUACGUGUGGAGCGCUCUUCUAGCGGGUUCCGAGUUCCCGCCUGGUAGGAUCCGCCUCCUUCCUCGAUAAAAGUCGCUAUCUCCCUUCGCAUCCGGCGCUCUUGAAGCAAAAAGGAGAGGUUGCUUCGAAAGCUGUCUGGUGAGCAUCAUGGAAAGAUCAUCACCCGGCACCUCAGAGUCUUCUCUCAUUCUAAAGGAUAGCCUAAGCGGUGAACCUGCCAAGUAUGGAUCGGUAGAAGUGGCCAACAACCAUGCGGGAGACACGCUGGCCUUGGCACCGCCCGACACCCGUGCUGCCGGCGACUUUGGCGCCGGUGGAGACAUGGAGCUCGUGAGGAAUGUCGGCGGUGCCUUGGCCGGCCCAAAUGGCGCGGCAUCGGAGUCCCCCAAGCGCUGCACGUGCGCAGCGGGUGGGCCCAAGUGCACCGAGUGCAUUGCCAUCGGCCGCGGCGCCGUCAAGGUGCAGAUGGAGUCGUGGUCUCCGCAAAAGACGACAGUCUUUGGCGUGAUCCUGGCGGCCUUUGUGAUCUGGGCGGUGGUGUUCGGGGUCUGCCUCAGUGUCUUCAAGCUCUGACAUAUCCUGGCAGGAAUGCACACGUGUCUGUGGCCUCUCGGGCUUUGUGUAACGUUGCUGUUCCUUCUUUCCAUAAGACAAACGGAUCGACAUUGCCAAAACACUGUUCAGAACUGGGUUACGCCAGGUGUAGCGAUACCCCAAUCCUCCUAGUACAUGCAGAAACAUCUGGGACAAUGCUUGAAAGACUGCUGACAAAGCCUUUUUCGAGUUACUUUUGCUGCUUUGUGUUCUGCGCAUCUGGUGCCGCAUAUUUUCUAAACUCUUCGCAGAUGGCCACCGUACACUUUGGCAGCUUGCCGCUGUGGUCGCUCUGUGUUUUUGCGGCUCUGUCAAAUAGAUACACGCAUUAACUCGUGACUGUAGCAAGUUUCAUUAGGCAACCUGUGAAAGUAGGCUGGAAAAGUGUUCAGCUGCAGUGUCUGAUAACAGGCGAGGUAGGCAUCUGCUCCAUUGAAUGGAGCAGAUAUGGAGAACAGAAAAGGAGACUCUUGACAGUAUGGUUGCUGACAGACACGUCGUGACAGUUUCCUCGGUGUUGCGAGACGCGCUCAAUUAAUUAUCUAUCCGACGACAAAAUACCAUUUUCAGCCAAGAAAUUAACUCUUUUUCGGGAGUCGUAGCCACCUUUGAAUUCUGUGUGGUUAGUCCCCCACUCGGAUUCUUUGGGGGAUAAUCCUCAACACAACUUUUUAUCCCUAGGUUGAUUAGAACUGGCCAUUCUUUUCAGCUCGAUAACUGCAAAUCCACUUCCUUGGAAGGUUUUUUUGUAAAUAUCUUUGGCAAGGAAGUGUACUGCUCCAAGUUCCGUUGCAUUCAGUUUCAAAGUCCCUCUUCCGGUAAGCCUCUUUUGACUCAAAACUCAAAGCACCGGUCACUGGAGGGAGUACUUUGUUCUGAAGACUGUGGUUGUCAAAUUAUUCGAAGACAGGGAAUUGAAAACACUGAGGUAUCAUAUUUUCUUUUAAGAUCGCCCUUUUAUAUUCCUGAAGCUGAUACCAAAGUACUAGUGGGUGGAACUGUCCCCGUGUUGCGACUAACACCAAAGAGUGCAAUGGAUAAAAGGUGUACUAAUGCAUCAAAGGCCAAACGGCACAGGCAGCAUGUAUAGCAAAAAUGUCUGUUGAAGGGUGAUGGCAGCUAUAGCAGGAUAUGUAUAGUUUGAUUCUUGACCGGUUGGAUCCGAGUGACAAUUCAUAUUUUUUCUAGUCCAAAUAGGGGGUAUGCAUGCCCCUGCAAAAUAUUGCUGUAUGAAACGCUCGUGACUUUCAGGGGAGGCAACCUCAUUGCACCGGCGGAGGGACGAAUCUGGUGUUCUCUUAUGCGGCACCUGGUUUCACAUAGCAAUUGUGUAAAUGUAUAAAUGUGUGCUUUUUUCAUUGAAAUUUCUCGUGGAACUUGCGCUGCUAUUAGGAGAACCUGAACUAGUUGAUUCAGGUGUCGUAUUUAUAUAGGUUCAGAUGUCAGCACAAUCUAAGGUGAAACUUUGGCUUUGACAAGUACUGAUCAUUUUAACGUAAAGUGUUCUUUGGCUAGUUCAGAAUUUUGUGAAGCCUGAUAGAUGUGGCUGUGAAGAUUGAUGCUGAUUGGGUAAUGGGGAGGUCACGUGACCAGAGGAGCAGUCGAGGAAGAGUGAGGUAAAAGAGGAGAAGCUCGAGAGUAUGGAAGGCUCUUGAAGAUCGCCAGGAUGAUCUAUCCGAUUAGCGGAAGUAUCACUUCAUUCUCCAUCAGAUUAGCGGUUGUAUCACUCCAUUUCACCUUACGUGCGGACUCUACGAGCUAUCCUAGCCAAUCCCCGCUCUGUGGAGGUAGCCCGUGAUAUGCUUUUCACGCGUUACUUUGCCGCCUCUGCAUGAUCACAUGACGCACGGCCUUGGAUUGGCUCCGAUGGCUCGUAGCAUCUGCUGCACCCAGACGUAAAUGGGAAACGGAGUAUAGGAACAACUAUCGAAGGAAUUGUGUUGCAUACGUGAAACUCGAAUAUUGCUAAACGUUUGUGAUGCUAGAACAUUUCACGUAAGCAACAGUUGCCUAGCAACUUGCCAUACAUUUUUCAAUCUCAGAUUCUGUUGUCUCUGUUUAUUUCUCGUUGUGGCUCGUGCUGUUUGGUGCGAUCAUACAUAUUGUGCCCGCUGCUAGCGAUUGGACAGGUGCAAUUGCAGAGAAAGGAUUUGCGGUGCAGCGAUUCUCCAGAAAUAAAUCUCUUUCCCGAGACAGGGU